UCUUCUUCUUCCUCCUCCUCCUCCUCCUCCUCCUCCUCCAAUUCGAGCCGCAGGAGCUCCAACAGCAGCAGCAGCAGCAGCCGUCUUAUGGCGCGGCGCACUGCCCGACCGCCCCGACCUGUAAAUGGCCGCCAAGCUCAAGAGCCUGUCGUCGACUCUGGUUCGAGCGCAGCAAGUCGUCCCCAUCUCCCCGGUCCCGACUGCUGAUCCCGUCGAGCGCCAAUCCCUUGGCGCCAAGCCGCUCGCCGCAAUUGAAAAACGCCACCACCACCACCACCACCAUCACCAUCACCAUCGUCAUCAUCAGCAGCAGCAGCAGCAGGAGCAGAAUCAUCAACAUCAUCGGGCUGGUGCUCGAGAAAAGCUCGUCGUGUCGAGUAGCAGAGGAGAGGGAGGAGAGGGAGGAGAGGGUCAUGAAGGCAUGGAGAGCUCGGAGCAGGAGCAGGAGCAGGGAGGCGACGAGGAGGGGGGAGCGGGGAGGCUGCUGGCGGGAGUGCCCGACGAGAUAACGCUGGACCACGUGCUGACGAAGCUGCCAUGGACGACGCUGUACGUGCUGUCGUCGCUGAACCGAGCAUGGCGCGAGGCGGUGCUGAGCCGCAGCGUGUACAACGCGCGAGUGCGCACCAACACCUCGCAGACGCUCGUGGCCAUCUUCCAUGAGCCGCCGGCGUCGGUGAUCAUGACCGGGCGCAAGACCGCCAUCUCUGUCUAUGAUCCAUCGACUGAUAGGUGGCAUCUUCUACCUCCUAUUCCGGACGUGCGCAGCGGCAUUCCCAGCAGCUGCGGCUGCGUGUGCUUGGACGGCGAGCUCUACAUCCUGGGCGGCUAUGACGAGAACAAGCACGGCGAGAACUGGAUUGCGAGGAAUCAGGUGCACUCGUUCGAUCUCGGAUCGGCCCAGCGCGCCUGGAAGCAAUGCGCCAGCAUGUAUGGCAAGCGGAUCAACUUCUCGUGCGCUGUCAAAGACGGCAAGAUCUAUGUCUUCGGGGGCCAGGCGAGCUUCCGGGGCGUGUUCUCCGAGAAGUCGGAGGUUUACAACCCCAAGCAGAACUCGUGGCAUUUUAUCGCUCCCGUGCUGCACCACUGCCUGGGCCGCAAAGCCAUCGUGGCCGAAGGGGAAAUCUAUGUGCACGGAGGAAGCUUCCACAAUCAGCUCGAUGCUGAUUUUGCCGAGGUGUACGAUUGUCGCAAGGACCAGUGGCGGGAGCUGAAGAAUUUCACGCACCCCGAGCAGAGCAUCCGAUCCGAUAGGCUAGUUGUGAUCGACGGAAAACUGCAUGAGAUCUACGGCAAUUACCUGCUCGUCCACGACGCGGCGACCAAUUCUUGGAAGGCGACGCAGUACAUUUCGUGGGACGUUCUGGAGCGAUUUCAAGCCAAUCACUUCCGGGCCGACGAAGCUGUGGCCGUCAAUGGCGAACUUCUGUCCCUCGGAUGCUGGAAGAAGUUCAGGAUUCGCAGGACCGAGUACGGAAUGCAGCAAAUGAUUCUCGGAAUGGGGCAGAUUCUUCUCCGGAGCAAGGGGCUCGGUUGCAAAGAUCGUCAACUCGAUUGGGAGAUCGUCAAUUGCCCCUACUCCUUCUGGAUCAUGUCUUAUUGCUUGUGUCUGGUUAGGGUUUGAAAGUACUGUGCACAGAUUGCGUUCCAGUUGACUUCGUUUCCUUCCUGGGCUUGGAGUGGACCAAGGAGUCGAUGUAUCUAUCUCUCCGACUUACGUCGCAAUCAUGAAAGUGCCCCGUAACGAAUCUAGCCAUCGUUAUUGCCUGUGAUUGGAGGUGAAGUUGCCCACACCCACGCCCACUGAUUAUCAUGGCAAAUGCAAAUCGCGUCUGAGGUACACGGAAUCCGUUCGGUCGGUCGUCAACAGCCGAAUCCAUGGUGUGAUUGCGUGUCCUCCAUACCAUCCUGCGCCUAUGCGACCCAGCUGUUCGGACGGUCUGGUCGAGAUUUGCUCGGAGGUGCACAAUUGUACCCCUGACAUUGGCUAGCUUUCUCUGUUGUGGAUCGUCGCUAACUUUUGUAGUCCGCUUCAUACGCACUCGAGCAUCUUCUUCCUCUUUCAUCCCAUCGUUCCUGCAACUGAAGUCCUCUGAAACACAUGUAGUGGGCCUUUUCUGUGCAAGCAGCUCAUGAGGACGUGACCUGCCGUCCUGUGGGCAAGGUUUGCCUCCCUCUUCACCACCGGCAUGGAUCGCCGAUCUGUACCUGAUCGAGACCUGGUGCCUGUGUCAGGCGCUUGUAAAUUGUUUUUAGGUUUCGGAUCACACCCUAAUUGCAGUUAUUUCAUAGUGAGAGGGUAGUCAAUGAUUAGAUUCCCCGUAGCUUCCAGGCAUUUUCUGCGGCCCAAACGGAUGGCACUGACACUACCAAUCCUUCGGAAUCACCGGUGCUGGUGUAGAGCAUGAAGAUAAUGCCUAGCUCGGAAGACAACGGUGGCUUGAAUAUGGAAAAGUUCGCAGGCGAUCCAUGUCUGAAUCACCAGCACUACGAAGUUUUCAUUAUCCCUUCAGCUGUUGGCAUUCAUUGGCUCUUCACAACGUGAGGUCCCUCCAGCAUGGACGGGUAUUCUGUCCAAUGAAAUUGGACCUCGAUACGCAAAAGAGCACACACGGAUUUCUUUUCAGAACUCUGAUGGUUUCCUAGUGUCAGUUCAGAGCUAGCUGAGUACGGUGGUCUUCCUGGGAUUUACUCUGCCAGCGCGCACAAGGUGCUAUGCGCCAGUGACAGUAAUCGUUGUUGUAGCCACGAGGAUCCCGAAAGGAUCGCCAAAUCGCUAACACUUCUGCAACAC